AGUCAAGUGACACUGAGUCACAUGUUAUGCUGAGUGGUCAGCUGACUCACAGUGAGACUCUAUUUAGGCUUCGACGAAAGCCUGCAGCUUGUAUUCGUUGCACCUUCAGCGCGUCAGAGUGAAAGAGCGGAGUCAUGCUGCUUCUAAGCCUCCUUUUCGUCUCGUCAGCUGUGGCCACCCCUCUCCUGGGCACGGGGCAGUGUGCUCGUGGACCCCUUUACUGGUGUCAGAACGUGAAGACUGCGUCUCUUUGUGGAGCGGUGACUCACUGCCAGCAGAACGUAUGGAACAAACCCCAGAUGAAAAGUGUGCCAUGCAACUUGUGUAAAGAGAUAGUCAUGGUGGUCUUACAGGUUUUGAAGAACAAUGCAACACAGGCUGAAGUUCUUGGCUACAUGGAAAAGGCCUGCCAGCUCAUUCCUGACAAAGGUUUGAGCGCAGAGUGCAAGGAGAUGGUUGACAAUUACUACCCCAUUGUCAUUGGAAUCAUCAUUGGGGAGCUGGAGGAUCCCGGUGUGGCUUGUGGAGCUAUUGGCCUGUGUCGCUCCCAGCAGAUGGCCCUGGCUGAGCUUCAUGAACAGCUCCUGUCCAACGAGAUCCCGCAAGUUGACCUUUCCCGGCAAGCAGCACCUUUUCUCCUCAAUGUGCCAGAGCUCCUUUACCCACAAGAGACCCCCAAACCCGAAACUCCAGUAGAGGGAGCUGGUGAUGUGUGCCAGGACUGCAUCAAGUUCCUGACUGAUGCACAAGCCGAAGCCAAGGCCAACUCCUCAUACAUAGACUCUCUCAUUGAGAAAAUUGAGGAAAAGUGUGAGGCGAUGGGACCCGGUUUGUCUGACAUGUGCAGGCAGUAUAUCAGCCAGUAUGGCACCCUCGCUGUUCAGCAGCUUUUGUCCAUGAAUCCCAAAGAUGCAUGUGCCCGUUUUGGGUUCUGUAGUGCCAUGGAGAAGUCCACUCCCAUGUUGAAGCUGCAGCCUGCCAAAAUGUUACCUGCUGCCAAGACCUUGCCUGCUGUCAGUCUUAUUCCUGCCACCAAGGUGGAAUCUGCCAAGUCUGCAAAACGUAUGGUGCGGGUUCGUGAUUCCCCAACAUGUGCAAUCUGUGAGUUUGUGAUGAAGCAGUUAGAAAGCAUGUUGGAAGAUCAGACAACUGAGGAGGAGGUGAUACAAGCUGUGGAGAAGGUUUGCACAUUUUUGCCAUCCAGCCUGACAAGCCAGUGUAAGGACCUGAUUGAGACAUACGGACAGGCCAUCAUUGAGCUGCUAGUGCAGCAGGCUGACCCCAAGACAGUCUGCACUGUGUUGGCGCUGUGCAAUGAUGCCAAGCGUGCAUUUGUCACUGCCCUUGACGUGACUGCCUUCAAAGCUGGUGGCUACUGCGAGGUGUGCAAGAUGGCUGUCUCCUACAUCGACGGCAUCCUGGAAAAGAAUGCAACUGAGGCGCAGAUUGAAGAGGCAGUGAGGAAAGUUUGCAGCUUCCUGCCCGACUCCUACCAGAAGGAGUGUGACCAGCUGGUUGAACAGUAUGAGCCCGUGCUUGUGCAGGUACUGCUUCAGAUGCUCGACCCUGACUUUGUGUGCAUGAAAGUGGGUGCUUGUCCUGAAGCAGUGCGCAGGCUGCUGGGACCCGAGCAGUGCAGCUUGGGACCUUCAUUCUGGUGCAGGAGUAUUGAAACAGCUACCCAAUGCGAUGCUGUGGCUCACUGCAGGCGCCAUGUUUGGGCAUAGAAGACAUCAGCACAAACCUUUUUUUUUUUUUUUUUUUUUUAGGGAAUUAACUGCAUUGCUGCUUCCUACUUCAACCAUUUGUUCAUUUCUCUACGUUUUGUUUAAAUUAAUUUGAUAUGAUUUGUGAGUGACCUGGACUGUCUUCCCCCUCUGUGGCUGGGGGCUAGUUACAUGUAUACUGGCUUGCUUUCUGAAAACAGGACAGUUAACCACUGUAAUGUUUUGCAGUUUAGCAUCUUUAAGUUGAAUUUUUGUGUCCUGCUUGCCGGGUCUGAUUUAUAUGUAAUAACAAAAGUCAAGUUUUACAUGUAGUGCAGAGUCCAGAGCCAGCAGGUGGCUGUUGGGGCUUUUCUCUCUCAGUGAGCGCUAACAGAAGCUGUAGUAAGAAUGACUGACAGAUAUAACCUUUAGCAGUGUGUUCUCCUCUGAAGCAAAUGUUGAUCUUUGUCAGUCAGAAUGUUUUAUUGUGAAUUGUUUUUUUAAGGAGGUGAUGAUAUAAGGUAAUGAGAUGGCCUUGGAGUGUUCCUCCCGUUGUUUGCACUUUCCCAACAGUUUGUAAGCGGUAGCUUUUUCUAACAUACACAAAAGCAUCUUGUGUUCUCCUUUUAUGUCCUGAGCCAGCUGAUGUUUGAUCUGGAAAUUUUAACGAUUAAAAUAAUCCAACCCACUGCAA